AACCGGAUGUAAACAAAUCCUCCGCAGCAGCAGCACGUGAGAGGAUCACCGUAGAAUAUGGACGCUGUUUGUCCUUAAACAGUGCAAUGACAGCUCGCAGUAUUUUACUAACCCGGCAGCUUUUGCCUCUUGGACUUCAUUUACGGCGUGUCUUACCUGUGAAGACCUUUUGCUCUUCCACACGCGACGAGGUUCUCUUGGCUCAGGAAGCCAGCAAGAAAUACGGAAAACAUGAACCCACUAUAUUUUCUAAAAUAAUUGACAAAACUAUCCCUGCAGUUAUCAUUUAUGAGGAUGACAAGUGUCUAGCUUUCAGAGAUGUUAAUCCCCAGGCUCCUGUGCAUUUCCUGGUUAUUCCAAGGAUCCCCAUUCCCAGGAUCAGUGAAGCACACGAGGAUGAUGCAUCGCUCCUGGGUCAUCUUUUGAUGGUGGCCAAAAACAUAGCAAAGAGAGAAGGACUGGAUGAAGGAUACAGAGUGGUCAUUAAUGAUGGAAAAAAUGGGGCACAGUCCGUGUAUCACCUUCACAUUCAUGUUCUCGGAGGACGGCAAAUGAGAUGGCCUCCUGGAUAGAUGGACCUUCUGUCAGAAUAAAAAAUAAUGCUCUACAUUUUUGGAGGAGACGAGCAUAACUGAUAUACAAAUAGAAAAUGUGUUGGAGAUUACCAAAAAAAAUAAUGUUUGUCAAAUAAUGAGAGAGUGGGAACAAUUUUCUACAUUAAAAUGAAUUUGACUGGUU